AGUCGGUGGUGCAAGUUGGAAAAAGGAUGGCCCGAUUUAAAUUUUUGCUUUGCCUCGGCGCAUUUUUUCAAACGACCACAGCCACAGACCCUGCGCAAAUCGACCUUUCAACCAGGGUGAAUGAAGUGGAACAACUGCAGGGACUUGUCGUGCAGUUUAGCGAUCUGAUAGCGGCGGGCAAGAAGAUGGAGGCGGACUUUUCGACCAAGGUGUCGUCCAUGUUCAACUUGGUCAACGUCGUGUGGGAACGGCAGGACAAGUUGGACGACCGAAUGCAAGCGCACGUCGAGUGCUCGACGGGAGAAGGUGGCUCAAGCGAGUUCAAGUUGCUUCAAGAGCAAGUUUCCACUUUGACGAGAGCUUUCGUCAAACGGGCCGACGCGUUCGACACGUGUUGUUUGGACCAGAUUUCACUGAAAGAGGAAAAUUCCAAGCUGCAGCAGCAGAUUUUGAAAUUGACAGGCGAGAAAUCAGGGUUGCAAAAGAAAGCUGAAAAUGCUCAUGAAGGUUUUCAAAAGGCACAGGCAGAUAUCGAGUUGCUGAAGAAAAAGUUGUACGAUUUGAUGAAACUGGCAGACGUAAAAAGGCAAAAGGAGGCAGUGGAAAAAAUCCUCAAGAACUGCCCCUUGAGCCGCUCGGCCAACCUGACUUUGCUGUCCAACGGGAAAAUGUACUUCUUGUCUCACCCGAUCACGGCCAACUGGAGCGUGGCGAACGAGACUUGCGCCAAGAUGGGCCUCCACCUCGCCACCCUCACGGACCACGCGGACUUUGAAAUUGUGUGGAAACACGCCAACACCACUGGACACGACUGCCUAUGGUGGUUGUCGGCGCGAAACUUGGGGGUUGGAGGCGAGUACAACUUUCGGUGGCACGACGGGACCAAGUUGGAGGAAACGAGCAGCCUGUGGAGGGAACACGCGAGCAAGGCGGGUUGCGUCUACUUCUUGAGCAGGCCCUACAAAAAACUCAACGGCCUCUCCUGCACCAACGACGCUCACUUCAUUUGCCAACUGCCGCCGAGUGCUUAAAGUUAGCGAUAAAUUAGUUUUAUAUAAAAUUAAUCAAAUUAAACGCAAAAUCAGUUGAAAACUUUUAGAAAAUUCUAGUAAAUUUUGACAGGAUAACGGAAAAAUGCGAAAUUAUUAAAAUUCACGUAUGGCUCAACA